AUUGAACAAUACCUAAUCAUAUGGAAACAUAAGUCUCCGUCACAAGCCGUCCUGUCAUGGCAUUACCUCAACGACCUCGUCUCGAUUGCCGACAUAUUGCAGACGUAUAUUAACGACUUCGUCUCGAGUCUCAAAUCAGGAUAUGGCAACGACUCACGCCUACUGGCUCCUGCUGAAGUUCUUUCACUGAAACGCAAGAGCCCACACGAUGAGAGCCCUUCGAGCCGGGCAUCGUCUCUUGAUACCUCUACAUCUACUUCUUCCAUUCUCCCAGCUCAUAAAUCGGAAGUCUGGAACGGAGUCCUACUUAAGAAAUCGGGAGAUAUCUACCCCCACGCCCUAACUUCUGGCGUUGAGCGCAUCGAUGCGACUACUAUGCCAACUCCCGAGAUGCUCUCCGCUGCCAAAGCUCACCUUGCCGACGGAGUGAAACAAGGUCGCAAAUUCGUUCGCAGACAGUUCCUGGAACAGCUGGCACGCAUUCCUGGUCCUCGGGUUACAUUCGUCAAUGAAGUAAACAAAGAGACACCAUCUCUUAGCUUCACGUACAUCCAAGACUACGUCCUUGGCGAUGGCGUUUCUCGAGAUGACGCGGAUGCCGUGAAGAUGGGAUGCAAGAAAUGCCGGCCGGAUAUGGGUGGUAACAGAGGCUGCGAAUACACUGGAAAAUGCGACUGUCUGGAAUUCGCCGCUCCUGACGAAUCGCGUUGCAAAGACGACGAGCAGAUGGAGCACUUUGCAGCUUGGAGAAGAGGAGAGGCAGAUUCAGACGGUCUNCCUAAGCGAUUCCCCUACAGGAUUGACCAUAUUAACAACCUUUUCGUGCUUGACCCCUUCUAUCUGGAGAGCAGAAACCCGAUCUACGAAUGCAACGAGCUAUGCAGGUGUGGCCCAAAUUGCAAGAAUCGCCUGGUCCAGAAAGGACGAAAGGUACCGCUCGAGAUUUUCAAAACACGAGGGCGAGGCUUUGGUCUCCGUUGUCCUAUCGAUCUCAAAAGAGGUCAAUACAUCGAUCGAUACCUCGGCGAACUUAUCACUGAUGGUGAGGCUGAUGCUCGUGAGGCAUCUGGUGUAUUCGACAAGGCCUCUUACAUGUUCUCUCUGGACAAGCAUGCCGAAGACGAGGAUAUCCCUGGCGCGCUCCACAAGAGCGACUGCUACGUUGCAGACGGAGAAAAGAUGGGAGGUCCCACCCGCUUCAUCAACCACAGCUGUGACCCAAACUGCCGUUUGUUUACUGUGAGUUACAACAGAUUCGAUCGACAGAUUUACGAUCUGGCCUUCUUUGCAUUGAAGAACAUCUCCGCAGGAGAAGAGCUCACGUUCGACUAUAUGGAUCCUGAAGAAGGCGAGGCUGGUCAAGCAGCGAACGAUGAUAUGGAAGAAGGCGGCGUCGCUAUGGAUUGUCUCUGCGGUGCAAAAAACUGCAGAGGGAAGCUUUGGAUGUGA